GUGCGAUGCUUUAGUAUCGUAGCGUCGGCACACAUUCCUCAUAGUCAUUUCCAUAGGUACGCUUGACAAGUGAAGUCAGGGAAACGAACAUUGUGCGCAAAAUGUACGAGUUUUAUAAAAUAAAACUAUUUUUGCUUUGCAUCUGUGCGAUAUUUGGUAAUUUUGAGCAAGUUGUUGGAAUACCUAAAACUGCGGUCGAACAAAAAGUUGUGCUACCCUCGCAUAUAGCCACGGUCACCGAUGGGAUAUUGGAAAGAAACAAACGCGGUUUAUUGGACUAUCUUUUGUCUGAACUCUUUGAGUAUUUCGAUUAUAGCGACGAAGACGACUCUGAGGAGGAUGAAAAAUACUUAAUUUGCCGUAAUUGCACAAUUGUCAUUAGUCAAUCAGGUAAUCAGGAAAAUGCAGUAAUAAGGCCAACUACUGCGCCUGUACCGAUGGAGCCUGUAAAUAAAGUAAAUGGAGGAGCUCCACCCGAAUCUGGCACUACCGUAGCUCCAGUAACACCAGCGGGAACCAGUGAUUCUCCAACAACUGAAGCUCCCCAGCCAGCUCCAUUAGAGCCUUAAAAAGUGGCGGCAGUUGACAAUAAAACAUUCAUACAAAAAUGCAAAUACUAAUAUUAUAAUUUUGUAAAGUUUUUUUAUAUGAUUUACUGAUAAUAUCAAAUUAGUACUAAAUGAUUAUAGAGUAAAAAUAAGAUUUAUGCCGGCAUUCAAAUAGCAAGACACUACUAAUGACUUGUUACAGAAUCUCAGAAACCAACGCGAGUAGUGGCUGCUAUUUAGCCAUAAAUAUUCGUAAAUAUUUUUAAGUGAACAAUAAAAAUCUACGUUAGGGGUAAAAGGAUAAAGUGAACAAUAAAAAUCUACAUAACGGGUAAAAAGAUAAAGUUGUAUAAAAACCUUUGAACUUAAGAGUUAUAACUACUUAUUAUUAUUGCCACCCAAUUUUGUAUUAAGAAACUAAUUUUUUUUUAUUUAAAUAAAACUAUCAUAGCCUUCUAAGGGAAGUCAAU